UGGCAUUUAUUUCUACAUCACCGCCACAGUGUACGGCAGUUACGCCCAUGGCAAAAAGCGUUUUCUACCGCACCUAGAUCCAUAUUUUUACUGCGCUCCGUUGCUCUGACCCUUGCGCUCUCGCUUCUUCCAGGCUCCUCCCGUCGCCAUCGCAAUCGCCAUCGCCAUCUCCGAUCCAAGCAGCGCGCCGGUGAUUCUUGGAGGAGCAAGCAAGGCGCUGCCUAGGGCGCCAGAGAUCCAUUCCUCUUCUUGCUCCCGUCCCUCUUCUUUCCCCCGAUCCAUCGAUCGGCGCGCCAGGUAACCUAGGUUCUUGCCGAAAUGCCGGGCCCCGAAUCCAAGGAGGAGAAUGUCUACAUGGCCAAGCUCGCGGAGCAGGCCGAGCGCUACGACGAGAUGGUGGAAUACAUGGAGAAGGUCGCCAAGGCGGUGGAGGCCGAGGAGCUGACAGUGGAGGAGCGUAAUCUCCUGUCGGUGGCCUACAAGAAUGUGAUUGGGGCGCGGCGCGCGUCUUGGCGGAUCAUCUCCUCGAUCGAGCAGAAGGAGGAAUCCAAGGGCAACGAGGAGCAUGUGAGCAUGAUCAAGAACUACAGGGGCAAGGUGGAGACGGAGCUGAGCAACAUCUGCCAUGGGAUUUUGGGGCUUCUCGAUUCCCACCUCAUCACAUCCUGCUCGACUGGAGAGUCCAAGGUGUUCUACCUCAAGAUGAAGGGCGACUACAAUCGCUACCUGGCCGAGUUUAAGACUGGCCAAGAGAGGCAGGAGGCGGCCGAGGCCACUUUGAUGGCCUACAAAUCAGCCCAGGACAUUGCUCUCGCGGAGCUUGCUCCAACUCAUCCCAUCCGGCUGGGACUGGCGCUGAAUUUCUCGGUGUUCUACUACGAGAUCCUCAACUCCCCCGACCGGGCAUGCGCGCUGGCCAAACAGGCCUUUGACGAGGCAAUCGCAGAACUGGACACGCUCGGCGAGGAAUCUUACAAGGACAGCACAUUGAUCAUGCAGCUCCUCCGGGACAAUCUCACGCUGUGGACAUCGGACAUGCAGCAGCAGGAUGAUGCUGGUGGCGAUGCCAAGGAAGAAAAGGCGUGAUAGUUUGCAGCGAUCAAAGCAGCCGCGGACUCUUGCCAACCGGUGUCACGCUCGCUCGCUUUCGAGACAGAAGAAGAAGAAAAAAGAAGAAGAAGCUCCCCCCUAGCUCAUUAGGUGUAGAAGAAGAACACCACUCCCUCUCUCACCUUCUCUCAUUCUCUCUCUCUCUCUCCUGUGUCUUUCAUUUUCGCCUUCGUUAUCGUCGAAGAAGAUAAGAAAUGGUAUUUCACGAAAAA